AUGUCUACCUCGACAAAAACACCACGAGAAAUCGAAAUUAGAAAACUGCGGAAGAAAUUACGACAGAUUGAGAAUCUUGAAAGACUCGAUAGAGAUCUUUUAGAAGAUGAAGUGAUUAAGGUGCUGAAAAAAGAUGCCAUUCGAGAACAGUUACGAAAAUUACUUAUUGAAGAAGCUGAGAAGCAAGCAAAUAUUGAAGCGCAACAAGCUCAAGAAGCAUUGGCAAAAGAAGAAAAAGUUAAAACUGAGAAAACCUUUGAUCGCACAUCGAAGCCUGAUACGCCUGGUAGCAUAAAAUUGAAUGAAGAUGAUUCACCGCCAUCUUACAAUGAAAUUAUUUCCUCAAAACAGAUACCUGGCCAAAAACAAAAAGGAAACAAUGUCUCACAAAAAAAUACCAAGGAGGAAAAAUCCCCUUCAAAUGAGCAAGAAUUAGAUCCAGAUGCAACACUUAAAGAUUUAUCAAAGAAAGAUCAAGCCAAAAAAGAUUCAUCCAAACGUAAACAAAUUAAAAAAUCCUGGAACCGCAGCCAGUUUAUUGUCUAUGAUUUAGAAGGCCACAAUGAUUUAGUGACAGACAUAGAUUCAAAUGAUAAGAUUCUCGUUACAGCCAGCCGUGAUACGACCAUAAGGUCAUGGAGUCUGAAGACCUUUGAAGAGCUUCAUAUAUUUGGAGGUCAUUCUGGUGGUGUUACCAGCCUGAAGCUCUUAACUGCUUCAGAAUCUCAAAAAAUUGGUAAAUAUGAUUGA